GAGACAUCGGACCAGCAGGUUGCAGAAGUAAAAGCUCCAGACCUAUCAUGGAGCAGGGACUCAGGAGCAUCCCGGCCUCGAAGCUCGACAAGUUCAUAGAGGACCAUCUUCCGGAUACCCGCUUCCGUGAUAACCUCAGAGAAGUAAUGAAUGUUGUAUACGCUCACCUGAACGAGAGAUGCUUCCAGGGCUCUUCCCAUCCAGCGAGGGCCUCCAAAGCUCGGAAGGGUGGCUCUUCAGACAAAGGCACCACACUCAAGGGCAAGUCAAAUGUUGACCUGGUGUUGUACCUUAGCAGUCUCACUAGCUUUGAGGAUCUGUUAAAUCAUCGGGAAGAGUUCAUCAAGGAAAUUAAGAAACAGCUAGAUGAGAUUCAGCGUAAGAAAGAUUUUGUAGUAAAGUUUGGGGUCCAGAGUUCAUGGAGUCCCAACUCCCAGGCUCUGAGAUUCAAGCUGAGUAACCCCUACCUGCUGAAGGAUGUGAAGUUUGAUGUGCUUCCAGCCUAUGCAUUCCUGGGUCAUCUUGUUAUCCCCAGGAGGCCUAACGAACAAUUCUAUGCCAAUCUGAUCAGUGGGCGGACCUCGCCAGGGAUGGAAGAUGAGUUCUCUCCUAGCUUUAUGGAGCUUCAAGAGUAUUUUGUGAACUGUUGUCCAACCAAGCUGAAGAGUCUCAUCCGCCUGGUCAAGCACUGGUACCAACUGUGUCAGGAGAAGCUGGGUGACCCACUCCCCCCACAGUACGCCCUGCAGCUGCUCACAAUCUAUGCCUGGGAGCGCGGGAGUAGAGCAACUAAAUUCAACACAGCCCAGGGCUUCCGGACCGUCUUGGAACUGAUCACCAAGUACAAACGGCUUCGAAUCUACUGGACAGUGUAUUACGACUUUAUACAUCCAGAGGUCUCCGACUACCUGCACAGACAGCUCAGAAAAGCCAGGCCUGUGAUCCUGGACCCGGCUGACCCAACAAGGAAUGUGGCUAGUUUCAACUCAGAGGGCUGGCGGCCACUAGCAGGAGAGGCUGCCGCCUGGCUGCGGUACCCAUGCUUUAAGUACAGGGACGGUUCCUCAGUGUGCUCCUGGGAUGUGCCGGUGAGAACAUGUCACCAUCCUCUCCCUUCCGAACACCCUCAUUCUCUUCAUCUACCUGGAGAAUGUUCUCACAAAGAUGUGGUCUCCUCGCUCCUGUGGAGGCCAGAGGCUCUCCUUAUUUCACGGCCAUUUUAACACCGUUCGUAGAUCUCAUGGGCUCACAGGAUGGCUCAGUGGGUAUAGGCACUUGCUGCCAACCCAAAUGACCUGGGUUUGAUCCCAGGAGCUCCUCUGGCAGAAGAAGAGAACCAAAUCCCCAAAGUUACACACAUGGACAUGAGCGCACGCGCGCGCGCGCGCGCGCGCGCACACACACA